ACCAAGCAUACAUAAAUUAUUUCCAGGCUAGCCUGAAUUUUUAACCACUCAAAUAGUAUGACUCCAAGAAGUGCGCCUUAAUACCUAUAAUAAAUACAUUAAAUCCUUCCCAUUUGAAACAAUAAUUUUCUUGCGCGCCCCACAUAAUAAGGCAAAGUAGAAAAGGAGGAUUCUUUGAUUGACAGAAAGAAAAAGAAAUGAGGGUUAUGAUUGUAGCUUGGGCACGUGAAUUUCCCAUCGAAGUUGGUCACCAAGAACCUGUUCUUGAAAUCAAAAGCAAGAUUGAGCUUCUCCUUGGUGUUUCUGUGGCUGCACAAACUCUAUCCAUCUUUGGUUGGGAGUUAGUUGAUGGUCUAGACAUGGAAGACUAUCCCAUUGUCACUGAAGGUACAAAAAUCGACCUUACUAUCGAACCCAUGAAUCCUCUUCUGUUCAACAAUGGUAAUGACACUAGAAAAAUCCAAAUCAUUGUAAAAUUUUCAUCUAGGCAGAUUAACAUUGAGGUGGAUACAACUGAUACUAUUCGUAGUCUGAAAGAAAAAAUCCACAUUGUUGAUGGAACACCAAUCAAAAGAUUGUCACUUUUCUUUUCCGGGAUAGAACUUGAUGAGGAUUUUCGCAAUCUAAGCGAAUAUGGUAUACGUGAAUUCUCUGAAAUAAUUGUGUUCCUUAAGACCAUGUCUCGCCUGAGGGAUGAACCUUGUACAAGAAAGCUAAGCAUCACAGUGCAGACUUCCUCAUCUUUGCUUAAUGCAGCAGCCAUUCCUUUGGAGAUGAAGGAUUCAAGUACUAUUAGUGAUUUAAGGCGGCUCCUUUUGAGCAGAAAAGUUCUUCCCCUGGAUGAUUACUUGUUCAUACAUAAACAGAGAAUAAUGCGUGAUAACUGUAGCCUUCGAUGGCAUGGUGUUGAGAAUGGAGAUUCACUUUAUGUGUUCAAGGGGACAGUGAGUCACAAUGGAUACUGAGAUGUGUGAGGUAUCCACAUCAAUGGUUUGCAGAGUGUGUAUUACUUAUGACUUAAAGAAUGAUUUCUCAGUUAAACAAAUUAGCAUCAUGUGUUAAAUUUAGAAAGGUUAUCGGAAUUUAAUUCCAUAUUAGAUGUAACAACAUUGAUUCAACUCAUAUGUAUUAGACUUAAUAUAUGUUCUUUAGUUUUUCCUAUAUAUAAUGAGCAAGAUAUUUUAUCCA